CGCAAUUCCAGUUUCUUUACCAACACAGAAUCCACGUCACCAUGGCUGUCCCUAUCACAACCAUCGCUGAGAGCAAAGAGCUCCGCGGGCUCAACCUCAUCGCGGCGCACUCGCACAUUCGCGGUCUGGGAGUGGAGCCAGACACGCUCGAGCCGAAAGCAUCGUCGCAGGGACUUGUCGGACAGGAGAAGGCGCGCAAGGCCGCCGCCGUGAUCCUCAGAAUGGCACAGGAAGGCAAGAUCGCAGGGCGCGCAGUCCUGAUUGCUGGGCCUCCAAGCACUGGAAAGACAGCCAUCGCAAUGGGUAUGGCACAGUCGUUGGGACCAGACGUUCCAUUCACCACGCUUGCAUCGUCUGAGAUCUUCUCGUUGGAGAUGUCCAAGACUGAGGCGCUUACACAGGCGUUCCGCAAGUCCAUUGGCGUACGGAUAACAGAAGAGAGCGAGGUCAUUGAAGGCGAAGUCGUUGAGAUCCAGAUUGACCGCAGCAUCACAGGGAGUAAUAAGCAGGGCAAGCUCACAAUCAAGACGACCGACAUGGAGACCAUCUACGAUAUGGGCACCAAGAUGAUCGAUGCCAUGACUAAGGAAAAGAUCAUGGCAGGCGACAUCAUCUCGAUCGACAAAGCAUCAGGCAAGAUAUCGAAACUCGGCCGCUCCUACACACGAUCGAGGGACUACGACGCCAUGGGCAUCGACACAAAGUUUGUCCAAUGUCCUGAAGGAGAGCUCCAGCAACGGCGCGAAGUGGUACACACGGUCAGCCUGCACGAGAUCGAUGUCAUCAACUCGAGAUCGCAAGGCUUUUUAGCCCUCUUCUCCGGUGACACAGGCGAGAUCCGGAGCGAAGUGCGCGAUCAGAUCAAUACCAAGGUGGCUGAAUGGAAAGAGGAAGGAAAGGCUGUGAUUGUGCCCGGUGUCUUAUUUAUCGAUGAGGUUCACAUGCUCGACAUCGAGUGCUUCUCCUUCAUCAACAGAGCCCUUGAGGACGAGCUCGCACCCAUCGUCAUCAUGGCAAGCAACAGGGGAAACACACAAAUCAGGGGAACCGACUACAGAUCGCCACAUGGAUUACCACUGGAUCUGUUAGAUCGCGUGGUUAUAGUCAGCACACACGCGUACAACUCGGAAGAGAUGCAGCAGAUCAUCUCAAUACGCGCACAGGAAGAGGAGGUCGACAUCUCGCCUGAUGCAUUGGCACUGCUUACCAAGAUUGGCCUGGAGACCGGGCUGAGAUACGCCAGCAACCUCAUCACUACUUCAGAUCUGGUGCGCAAGAAGAGGCAAGGGCCAGAGGUUACGAUCGAGGACGUCCAGCGCAGCUUCUCCCUGUUCUAUGACCCUACACGGAGUGUGAAGUUCGUCAACGAGUCCGAGAAGCGCCUGAUUGGCGAUGCAGGCGAUGUAUCGUUCACCGUCACCAACGGCACCGAGGCCAUGGACGUCUCAUAAGCAUAUGCAGCGUUCACUCUUCUAGGCGUAUGGGAGGUUGCAAUGGGUCGAGCGUUUGGGCAUAGAGUGUUCUCGCCCGCAAAAGUCGCGACUUGUAAUAACAGAACUAUUAUUGCUUGCGACCGAAUAGAAAGUUCAGCUCGCCGAACGUCUGCUUGAAACAGUAAGACGUUGUGCGAAGGGGAGCGUUGCUCAGUGAGACCUUGCAUGAGCCUGCAGCCCUGUGACAGGCUAACGUGAACGUCUUAUCGUCUCUUGUUGCCGGGCAUGAAGGAUAGUAUUUCUUCCGAAACGUGAGUUGUUAUGUAUCGUGCAACAACUGCACCGAGCCCCUUUAGAUAAUUUAAAGUGUAAUAAAGCC